GCGAUCUGGCAAACUACAUGGAUCACUGUCCCUGGUGGCUGCAACCACGAGACAACACCACUAACAACUGGAUGGACCUUGAUUGCAAGAUGACCGAAACAAUUGCCCUAGUCCGCUGUAUUGGAGCCAAAUACUUCCUGAUCCCGGAUGAUGCAGCCAUGGUUGAGAGAGCCGAGGCAGUAGAGAAAGUUCUCUUCUCCGUUAUGAACAGCAUGGUCUACCUCAUCAACAAGAUCUGCUUUGCGCCCAACAACCCGGAGAAAUUCUUUGACCCUGUCUACGCUAACCAAAGGUUCUCUAAGAAGUUCGUUUCGUUUGCUAAGAAGUUGGAACCUCUCCUGGAAGGACCCUUCAUCAUGGGAGACACCCUCCCUAUCCACGCUGACUACCUUCUCUACGCUUGCCUCUACGAUCUUCGUGUCUUCCUUCCAGAACCCUUCGAAGGUUCUGACUAUCCUAAAAUCACCAACUUUAUGGAAAAAUUUUACACGUACAGGAGUCCUAUUAGAAGAUGGUUUGCGUCUGAGGAAUCAAAGACGGGAGAGUACAUCCGACCACCUGUACCUCAUAUCAUGACCCUUCUGGAUAGAUAGAUAAAUAUGCUGAUUUAUGAUGCUGAUACUUGAUAAUGAUAUGACCCUUGGGAGUUUGGAAGGGUGCGAAACAACCGCGCUGACUAUAUUUUCUCACUAAACUCCACCAUCUUGGUUUCUUUCUUCUAGAACCCUUCUGGUUCUGACUACCCUAUUAUCACUGGAACACUCAUCCCUCUACCAAAACCUUAAUCUACAUAAACCAUAUUUCCCUCUUACUAUUUCUAUUUGAAAAUAUUGAUUAGAAUUCUAUAUAAUAAUGACUUAUGUUGUGCAAUUCCGUUGUAUCUUGUAUAACGUUUGCUAUCUAAGCUGAAAGCUAUCUUCCGGUUUUAUUUCUUAUCCAACAAUAGAAUUGAAUUUGCUUUAAACUUAUCCAUUUCCUUCGUGUUUAUGGUUGUAGAUCAUAAUUUACAAUUUACAAUAUAUACUUAUCGCAUUGUUUGCCCGAUCAACUAACCAAUAACUCAAAUAGAUAGCCCAAUUCAAUAUGCCGAUGAAACCUUUUGACUCCAAAGUAUGCAAAAUGAUGCUGGUUUCCCGGAUGGUCUUGGAAGAAGAUCAUCAGAAAGCAGCCUGUGAAGGCGAUCUGGCAAACUACAUGGAUCACUGUCCCUGGUGGCUGCAACCACGAGACAACACCACUAACAACUGGAUGGACCUUGAUUGCAAGAUGACCGAAACAAUUGCCCUAGUCCGCUGUAUUGGAGCCAAAUACUUCCUGAUCCCGGAUGACGCAGCCAUGGUUGAGAGAGCCGAGGCAGUAGAGAAAGUUCUCUUCUCCGUUAUGAACAGCAUGGUCUACCUCAUCACCAAGAUCUGCUUUGCACCCAACAACCCUGAGAAAUUCUUUGACCCUGUCUACGCUAACCAAAGGUUCUCUAAGAAGUUCGUUUCGUUUGCUAAGAAGUUGGAACCUCUCCUGGAAGGACCCUUCAUCAUGGGAGACACCCUCCCUAUCCACGCUGACUACCUUCUCUACGCUUGCCUCUACGAUCUUCGUGUCUUCCUUCCAGAACCCUUCGAAGGUUCUGACUAUCCUAAAAUCACCAACUUUAUGGAAAAAUUUUACACGUACAGGAGUCCUAUUAGAAGAUGGUUUGCGUCUGAGGAAUCAAAGACGGGAGAGUAUAUCCGACCACCUGUACCUCAUAUCAUGACCCUUCUGGAUAGAUAGAUAAAUAUGCUGAUUUACCUAUGAUGUUGAUACUUGAUAAUGAUAUGACCCUUGGGAGUUUAAAAGGGUGCGAAACAACCGCGCUGACUAUAUUUUCUCACUAAACUCAGCCAUCUUGGUUUCUUUCUUCCAGAACCCUUCUGGUUCUGACUACCCUAUUAUCACUAGAACAAUCAUCCCUCUACCAAAACCUUAAUCUACAUAAACCAUAUUUCCCUCUUACUUUUCCUAUUUGAAAAUAUUGAUUAGAAUUCUAUAUAAUAAUGACUUAUGUUGUGCAAUUCCGUUGUAUCUUGUAUAAUGUUUGCUAUCUAAGCUGAAAGCUAUCUUCCGGUUUUAUUUCUUAUCCAACAAUAGAAUUGAAUUUGCUUUAAACUUAUCCAUUUCCUUCGUCUUUAUGGUUGUAGAUCAUAAUUUACAAUUUACAAUAUAUACUUAUCGCAUUGUUUUCCCGAUCAACUAACCAAUAACUCAAAUAGAUAGCCCAAGUCAAUAUGCCGAUGAAACCUUUUGACUCCAAAGUAUGCAAAAUGAUGCUGGUUUCCCGGAUGGUCUUGGAAGAAGAUCAUCAGAAAGCAGCCUGUGAAGGCGAUCUAGCAAACUACAUGGAUCAUUGUCCUUGGUGGCUGCAACCUCGAGACAACACCACUAACAACUGGAUGGACCUUGAUUGCAAGAUGACCGAAACAAUUGCACUAGUCCGCUGUAUUGGAGCCAAAUACUUCCUGAUCCCGGAUGAUGCAGCCAUGGUUGAGAGAGCCGAGGCAGUAGAGAAAGUUCUCUUCUCCGUUAUGAACAGCAUGGUCUACCUCAUCAACAAGAUCUGCUUUGCACCCAAUAACCCUGAGAAAUUCUUUGACCCUGUCUACGCUAACCAAAGGUUCUCUAAGAAGUUCGUUUCGUUUGCUAAGAAGUUGGAACCUCUCCUGGAAGGACCCUUCAUCAUGGGAGACACCCUCCCUAUCCACGCUGACUACCUUCUCUACGCUUGCCUCUACGAUCUUCGUGUCUUCCUUCCAGCACCCUUCGAAGGUUCUGACUAUCCAAAAAUCACCAACUUUAUGGACAAGUUCUACACUUACAGGAGUCCUAUUAGAAGAUGGUUUGCGUCCGAGGAAUCAAAGACGGGAGAGUAUAUCCGACCACCUGUGCCUCAUAUCAUGACCCUUCUGGAUAGAUAGAUAAAUAUGCUGAUUUAUGAUGUUGAUAAUGAUAUGAUAUGUAAAGCUGUUAUCUAAUGGAUUCAAUG